UCCCGCUCGCUCUCGGCUUCCUGCUCUCUCCGAGGCGAUCCGGAGCCAGGCACUCGGCACAAAAAGCCACCCAGCCGCCAGCUUCUCCCCCAAUAGCUCAGCCUCUCCCGCUGACAUCACUCGGCGGGGAGGAGGAGGAGGAGGAGGAGGAAGGGUGGGGUGAGCGGGAGAAGAGCCUGCGAAAGAGCCGGAGCCGCCUGAGCAGCCGCGACGCCCAGCUCGAGGGUCGCCCAUCCCGUCCCAGCAGGCGAAGCCAGGACGCCCUUCGCUCGCUAGGCCGGCGGUGCCGGCGCUGCCUGUGUCCUUCUGCCUUUCCAGCCUUUCCUUGCCGCGGAGAUGGCGGAAUACAGCAGACUGCUGGAGGAGCUGGCCGAGAACAUCACCAACGAAGACCUGGACCAGCUGAAGUCGGCCUGCAAGGAGGACAUCCCCAGCGAGAGGCACGAGGAAAUCGCCACCGGCAAGGACUGGUUCGGCUUUCUGGAGGAGCACAACAAACUGGACAAAGACAACCUCUCCUACAUCGAGCACAUCUUUGAGAUCUCCCGCCGGCCGGACUUGCUGACCCGGGUGGUGGAGUACCGCACGCAAGUGCUGAAGAUCUCGGAGGAGGACGAGGUGGACACCAAACUGACCCGCAUCCCCAGUGCCAAAAAGUACAAAGACAUCAUUCGGCAGCCCUCGGAGGAAGAAAUCAUCAAACUGGCCCCGCCACCCAAAAAGGCCUGAAACCCCAGUGUGUGUGUGUGUGUGCGUGUGUGUGUGUGUGUGCGAGUGUGUGCGUGGAGGGGCCCAGCUCCAAGGAUCACUGCCACCCCCCCCCUCCACUGCCCUGGCUCAGGCGUUUUGCGCCCCCCCCCCCCUCACUCCCCUCUGCUUACGUCCUUCUCUGCCUUCUCCCAGCUGGGUGGGGAAAGGGAGACGGGGGGGCCACCCGCACGUUUCUCACCCGGGUCACUGGCUGAUACAUGUUUUAGGAGGCCGCUGAGGCCUGUGUGAGGGGGGGGGCACCCUACUGCUGCUGCUGCUGUUCCCCCACCCGCUGUGCUGGGCAAGAGACGAUGGGGACCCGCAGGUGGAUCUGGAUGGACGGGGGAUUUUGCAACAAGGAAUGAGGAAGUGAGAGAGAGAGAGAGACGGGGGAGGGGGAGAGCAGAUGGGGAGCAGGGGAGCCCCUAAGGAGCUUUGGGGCCACUGCCAGAGGAAUGUCAGAGCCUGCGAGAGGUGGGACACAGCGGGCAGUAGAAAAAAAGGGGCGGAGGGUUUGCCAGGCUCUCUUGCCAGGGACCCCGCAUCUUCUGCAGCUGCCCUGGGGACUCCCUGCCCGCCCCCCAUAGGUGUCCCAAGGGAUGGCUGCAGCCGCUUAGCAGGGUUGGACCUGGAAAGGCUGUGGAGCCCCCUCCGGCAGGCCCAGGCACAGGGCCCUCCCUCUCUGGGGGAGGGCAGGGGAGGGGUGUGGGCUCAGCAGCUCUUCCGGGUCCACUGGGGAGGACCAAG